AUGCUCAGUGUCAAGAGAUGUAUCAAGAUACUCAAGCUUUGGCACUUGCUUCCAGAGAUAACGCCUUCGCUUCGACAAAAUAUUAGUGGAUACAACAUCUUUGAUUGGAAGGGAAGAGUUCGUUCACGCUCUAAGAAGCGCUCCAGUAGUACCCCUCCAAGGCUUAUCACCUCUCAGAACUGCGUGAAAGGGAAGAAUAUUGAGAUUGUUCCUUCUACUGUUUUGGUUGAGGCAGGACAGUCCUAUGCCAAGGGCUCUGCUUGGGUCAAGAAGUCGACUACAGGUGUUGCUAGAAGUCCUGUCAAGCCACCUGAGUCCCAUCUUCCUGAAUCAGUUUUGGUGUCAGCUAUCCCGUCGGAGGAUUCCUUUCCUUAUCCACCGGGUUGGGGUGCUAUGUCUUCAAAAUCCAGGAAGAGAUGGCGUCAUAAGUGGAAUAUCAGCAGAAGCAGCGCUGCUGACCAUAUUUCUAAGGUCUCAGGGUCCCCACGAGCUUUGGUCUCGGGUGGAUCGUCCUCUGAGAGUAAUGCCCCUGCUAUUUUGGAUUCAACCCUUCCGAGUUGGAGAUUAGAUACCAAUUAUUGUUGUUCCGAGUUGGGUCGGAUUUGGAUCGUGUGGGACCCUUCGGUUUCGGUUUUGGUCUUUAAGAAGACGGAUCAAUUGAUGAUCCUGGUUGGGGACUUUGACCAGAUAGCUGCUACUUCUGAUCACUAUUCUGUCCUUCAAACUUCAAUCCCCAUGAGAGGUUUAGAGGAGUUUCAGAACUGUUUAAGAGAUAGUGAUUUGGUGGAUAUUCCUAGUCGUGGGGUCCAUUACACUUGGUCAAAUCAUCAAGAUGAUAAUCCGAUCAUAAGGAAGUUGGAUAGAGCUAUUGCCAAUGGAGAUUGGUUCUCUUCUUUUCCUAGUGCGAUUGCUGUCUUUGAGCUGUCAGGGGUUUCAGAUCACUCUCCUUGUAUUAUUAUCCUGGAAAACCUCCCAAAGAGAUCUAAGAAAUGUUUCAGAUAUUUCUCCUUCCUUUCAACUCAUCCUACCUUUUUGGUGUCCCUUACUGUUGCUUGGGAGGAGCAGAUUCCUGUUGGUUCUCACAUGUUUUCUUUAGGGGAACAUUUAAAAGCUGCCAAGAAGUGUUGUAAGCUUUUGAACAGGCAAGGGUUUGGCAAUAUCCAGCAUAAAACCAAAGAGGCUCUGGAUUCUUUGGAAUCGAUUCAGUCUCAGCUAUUAACCAACCCUUCUGAUUCUCUUUUUAGAGUUGAGCAUGUUGCCAGGAAAAAGUGGAACUUCUUUGCUGCUGCUCUAGAGUCUUUUUACAGACAGAAAUCAAGAAUUAAAUGGUUGCAAGAUGGCGACGCUAAUACACGGUUCUUCCAUAAAGUCAUUCUUGCAAAUCAGGCUAAAAAUCUGAUCAAGUUUCUUCGCAUGGAUGAUGAUGUAAGAGUGGAGAAUGUUACUCAGGUCAAAGAAAUGAUUGUAGCCUAUUAUACCCACCUUUUGGGCUCUGACAGCGACAUUCUCACUCCCGAUUCGGUUCAGAGAAUCAAAGAUAUCCAUCCUUUUCGCUGCAAUGAUACACUGGCGUCUCGUCUCUCUGCUCUCCCGUCUGAUAAGGAGAUAACUGCUGCGGUCUUUGCAAUGCCUCGCAACAAGGCUCCGGGUCCUGACAGCUUCACUGCGGAAUUCUUUUGGGAAUCUUGGUUUGUGGUCAAGGAUAGUACUAUUGCUGCUGUUAAAGAAUUUUUCAGAACUGGUCAUCUCCUCAAGAGGUUCAACGCUACAGCAAUCACUCUCAUUCCUAAAGUUACAGGAGUAGAUCAACUCUCUAUGUUUAGACCUGUUUCGUGCUGCACCGUAGUCUAUAAAAUCAUUACUGAUAACACUAGAUUUUAA